AAACGAAUUCGGUUCUCGUCAACAGGCUGGUACCGCUGGCGUCGAUAUAAAUGCUAUCCUCAACGGCCUUAUAACUUCACAAAUAAGUGGUGCUGUCGUAGGAAGCACAGGUCCUUUGGCCAGUGGCUGGGGAACCUUCAAUCAACAAGAACAAAACGGGAGCAAUUUCAAUAACGGCCAAGAAAUCGGCACAAAUUUUCCUCUCAACGUGAACCCACAAACGUAUGAUAACAACGCGAAUUGUGAACGAGAACUGGCUGUGCAGAAUCGACAGCGAAUUCACCAGCCCCAGCCGCGACGAGCCGCUCCAGCUCCAAACGCGUUUUCCGCUGGGGAGCUUAACAACAAUAAUGACGAUAUGGUGACGCCAUCGCAACCAGAACAGCAACAAACUGGGCCCACUAGCGACACAAUUAUUGGGGAUACUGGAGCACUGGUAGCAGGGUCUAGGGCAAGGACAGGAGCUAAAAACAAGUACACGGAAGAGUGUAGAACGGUGGGCCAGGAUGAGGGUGGUGACUUUGGCGCCAGCAAAUCGGAAAGUGAAACUAAGAAAGUGCAACAAUUGCGAUAUGAGCGAAAUGUUCAGUUCACGUUUGUAACUGCCGAGGACGACAACGAACGAAACGAUGGCGAUCCAAAGCAUGGCCAAAAACAUGGAAAUCACGAAUCCAAUAUGCAACAGAAGCAACCAUCUGAUGACAAGAAUAUUCAAAAGGAACUGAACAAAUUACGCAAAGAUCGCCUACACUUCAUUGAACAAAUCGCAGAUAAUCCUUUGUAUGUGAAUGAACACUUCAGCCAACCUUGGAAGGUUAUUUCUAAGAUUGCAAAGCAAAUUGUUGAUGACGCUAUUGAUGAUGUUGAAAGAUCAAUCAACUUCGGGGAGGAGACGUUCGUCAGAGACUUCAUUCAAAUGGAGCUAGAAUCGUAACUUAUAUUUUAAUAGUUCUUCCUUACAGUAUUCAACCCUUGAUCACGCCGCGCUUAUGUCAAAUCGAAUGUAUAUUAUCGACAGAAUAAAAAUGGAUCGUUUCCAACUUACUUUUCA